GCUGUUGUGGAAAAUAUGGGUCGCUCUAAUACUAGAUCCCAUUCCUCAAGAUAAGCUAGAUCUCACUCCUCUUCAAGAUCCAGAUCCAGAUCACAUUCUAAAAAACGUUACAGUUCUAGGUCUCGGUCUAGAACAUACUCACGGUCUCGCAGUAGAGAUCGUGUUUAUAAUAGAGAUUACCGCAGGGAUUACAGAAAUAAUAGAGGAAUGACUCCUUAUGGCUAUAGAGGAAGAGGUAGAGGAUAUUACCCGGGAGGUGGAGGCAGAUAUCACCGUGGAGGUUAUAGGCCUGUCUGGAAUAGAAGGCAUUCUCGAAGUCCAAGGACGAGGCCGCUCACGUUCCAGGAGUCCAAAAGACGUUCAGUAUCUCUUCUCAAGAGAUCUCGGAGCAGAUCACGUAGAUCCUACAACUCUAGAUCUCCAAGAUCCUCUUCAUCUCGGUCUUCAUCUCCAUAUAGCAAAUCUCAGUCUCUUAAAAGACGUGGGUCAUCAGAAAAACAGCCGAAGAAAACUGAAGCAGCUGCUUUGCAGAAUAGCCCAUUAAAAAGUAAAUCCCAAGAAAGAAGAGAAAAAUACAUUUGAACACGACCUUCUGAGGCUUUAGAUGAUUUUAAUAAUCAUAGCAGCGCUUCAGCUGAUAUUUGGCCUGGCCUUUCUGCUUAUGAUAACAGUCCACGGUCACCUCAUAGCCCUUCUAUUGCCUCUCCACCUAGUCAGAGUUCUUCAUGCUCUGAUGCUCACUUACUCAGCACAGCCCACUCAGCAAAAGACACCCCUCAGCAUUCACAUUCCAUCCAGCAUAGCCCUGAAAGAUCUAGGUCUGGUUCCCUUGGAAAUGGUUCCAGUCGUUAUAGCCCUUCUCAGAAUAGCCCAUUACAUCACAUUCCUUCAAGGAGAAGCCCUGCAAAAGCAGUUGCAUCACAGAAUGCUGCACGGGAAGAGACACGCAUGCGUUCCUUUUAUCCAGAGGCUGGGGAGCAGGAAAGUGCAAAAGGAGGAAAGUUUCUGAAGAGGUAUACAGAUGAAGAAUCUAGGGUAUACCUGCUUGAUAAACACACUAGAGAAAAAGAUGCUCAGAAAGAUAGAGGAUCAGAAAAGGGGAGAACAGAGGGAGAGAGAGAAUGGGAAGACCAGGACGCUUUGGAAUAUUAUAUGGAAGAGCCUGGAAAACAAAAAUUUAAUUAUUCAGAAGGGGAAGACACAGAAGAAACAGAAGAUUAUAGACAGUUCAGAAAGUCUGUUCUGGCAGAUCAGGGUAAGAACUUUGCUGCAUCUCAUCGUAAUGUUGAGGAAGAAGGCUCGAAAUACAAGUCUAAAAUCUCUAUGAAGGCAAACAGAGAAGGUGAAGCAUUUAGAGAAGAUAAGGGCUAUAAAGUUAAAGAGACAACUAGCUACAUAGUUGAAAGACCUAUUUUAGUAAAAGAUAAGCACAAGGAAGAUGAGAAAGUCUCUGAAAGAAUGAUGAAGAAAGAGAUACAAUCACCUGAACAGGUAAAGUCUGAAAAGCUCAAAGAACUCUUUGAUUAUAGUCCUCCUCUACACAAGAAAUCUGAUAUGAGAGAGAAAUCUAUCUUCAGAGAGGAGAGCCCGCUUAGAAUCAAAAUGAUAGCCAGUGACUCCCAUCGACCUGAAGUUAAACUUAAAAUGGCACCUGUGCCACUUGAUGAUUCAAACAGACCUGCUUCCUUGACUAAAGACAGGCUGCUCGCUAGCACACUUGUUCAUUCAGUCAAGAAGGAGCAAGAAUUCCGAUCCAUCUUUGACCACAUUAAGCUUCCACAAGCCAGCAAAAGCACAUCGGAGUCAUUUAUUCAGCACAUUGUGUCCUUAGUCCAUCAUGUAAAAGAACAGUAUUUCAAAUCAGCUGGAAUGACCCUAAGUGAGAGAUUCACUGCUUAUCAGAAGGCUACUGAAGAACAUAGCACCCGGCAAAAGAGUCCUGAAAUACACAGAAGGAUUGACAUCUCUCCAAGUGCCCUGAGGAAGCAUACCCGUUUAUCAGGAGAAGAAAGAACCUUUAAAGAAGAAACUCAGAAAGGUGAUAAAAAAUUAAAGUGCGAUUCUGCUGAUCUUCGACAUGACAUCGAUCGUCGUAGAAAAGAACGAAGUAAAGAACGAGGAGACUCUAAAGGUUCCAGGGAAUCCAGUGGGUCAAGAAAGCAAGAGAAAGUUCCAAAGGAUUACAAGGAUUUUAAAACUUUCAAAGAUGAUAGUUCCCGAGAAGAAAAGGACUGCAAGAAAGAAAGAGAUGAAGAACUUAAACCCCAUCAUGAGCAGAAAGAAUAUCCAGGUUUUACAGGAGUUGGAAGACCUAGAGGCACAUUUUUUCGAAUUAGAGGCAGAGGAAGAGCCAGAGGCGUGUUUGCUGGAACAAAUACUGGUCCUAGCAAUUCAAACACUACUUUUCAAAAGAGGCCAAAAGAGGAAGAAUGGGAUCCUGAAUAUACUCCAAAAAGCAAGAAAUACUUCUUGCAUGAUGACAGAGAUGAUGGUGUUGAUUACUGGGCUAAAAGAGGAAGAGGACGUGGUACUUUUCAGCGUGGCAGAGGAAGAUUCAACUUCAAAAAAUCAGGUAGCAGUCCAAAAUGGACACAUGAUAAAUACCAAGGUGAUGGGCUUGUAGAAGAUGAAGAAGAAACAAUGGAAACCGAAGACAAGGAGAGACGUAAAGAAGAAAAGGAAUAAUAACUGAAGAUCAGUUGCAGCUGAAAAAACUUUGCUAUCUGCGCAGCAUUUUUAAUAUGACUUGUCAAAUGAAUGUAAGCAUUUUACUUAAAUCUUACUGUUGGAGAGUAGUUUAGUUUUGUUUCUGUUUUAAUUUUGUAAUCCCACUAGUAAUUGUUGAAGAUACAAAGCAAGUAGUAAAGGUAUGAUGCUAUUUGUCAUGAUCAACUUUUUAAAAUGUUUACUGUUAUACACAGUGUAACUUUGUUUUGUCCAAAAGAUCUGAUUUUAAACAGAGUUGUACUUCAUUAUCCCCUCCACAGCUAUGUUUCGUUAUUGAAAUAAAAUUUACCGUAGGUCUGCGCAUUUAGAUAUUGAGGCAGCAUUUUAAAAUAAAUAUGUACUAAAUCUUGGA